CUCUCUCAUAUUAUUUCUGAGCGCGAUGUCCCUCGUUGCGGACUACGGGUCCGACUCUGACAGCGAUGGGUCGCCUGUCGUGCCAAAGACCGCAGCACCGGCAACAUCAGCACAGCAAGCCUCCGACGCUCCAUUGACCCGUGGUCCGGCCAUUUCAAUUUUCCCCGACAAGCCACCUGUGAAAAGCUCCAUCCCACACAAACCAACAUCCAGUGCUGGCCCACCAAAGAAGAAGGCGAAAAAGACACUACACUUGCCACCAGAGAUCCAAAAGCUGCUUGAAAGCGGCCGUGCAUUGAACAGCGACGACGAUUCCGACACGGACACGAAGAAACAACCCGCUGCGGUGCGGAAGCAGUCCACGGCGACCAAGCCACCUACCGAUGCGUUGUUGAGUUUCUUACCCCCUCCCAAAGUGGCCUUGCCCGUGCGUCAAGAGCCACCGCACUCGAAGCGGCAUGCCAGCUUACCUGAAGCGACCCCUCUUCCCGCAACCCCUGUGUCAUCAUCCGCUGCUGCCCCUCCAGCGUACAACGACCCCAAGUACAGCUUUGUCGCCGAGCACGAUGCAGACGACUACGGACACGGCAAGCGCAGACGCAACCACGAGCGGAACUUGGAACGACUGCUUCAACAGGGCAAGUUUGAUGCGGUCGCUGGCAAGAUCACAGAGGUCAAGGCGGCCGCGCCGGAAGCGUGGCAACCACCGAUCGACGGACGUGGGUACGCGCAUGAUCGCGAGGCGCAAGUGCUGGCAAGCAUGGCUGGGACGGAGACGGAAGGGGGCUACGUGAUUGCAUCGUACAAACCGUCUCGACUGCAACGCCAGCGCCAUCAACUGAACCAGCUCACGUUUGACGCCAAGCUGCGCGAGUUUGACCUGAUGGACAGCAAGUCGCAAAUGGUCAAGUCCAAAAAGGAAACCCAAGCCAAGUACGGGUGGUAGGUAGUAGUGGUACAGUAGUACUGUAUGCACACUACCGAAUGAAUACCUUUGCCCUUUGCAGUCUGUCCGACAUAAGUUAUAAGACUGACUGGUUAUGGAUGCUACGACGCACCACAACGUUGUAG